GGUUUUCCGCUUUCCCUGAAGUUCUUGACAGAUCCUACUUCAGAUUGAGAGAAUUCAAGAUGGCUGCUACAGGUAAGAGUUUAACUUGUAUGUAAAUUAUAUGGCAGCAUUUUCAUGAAAAGCAGGUUUGAUGUUGAUGUGCCAGAUAUACACCGACAGCUGUAUCUUGGAGUUUUGUGCUUGUGAGUAAAAUGAGUGUCUGAAUUGUGUGUUUAGAAGGCACCAGAAGUAGCCAACAAGCUGACGCGGUGGUAACCCCCCCACCUCCCCAAGUUGGCUAACGUUAGCCGGUGUUCUGUCGAGUUGUGCUGCGGUGUUAAAAACUGCUACGGUAGCGUGAAGUCGGAAAAAGAGCUUUCUUUUGGUUAAGAUUGUGGUUACCAACAGGCGCAGAUGUUCUUGUCAAAAAAAAAAUGUUUUUAUAAUCGGUCAUAAAAACAUUAAGUUCUCUGCCGAAGUGUUUUUCACCAGUGUCAUCAAAUUGUGGUUCUAAGACAGUAUCACUUUAUCUGACAUCGCUGCUUAUCGUGUUUUCAUCGUCAAUAAUGAUGUCUUGAUACUUGACAAAUGCAUAUUGAAUUUCACACUUUAAAGGCGCAUCUUGAUGGAAUAUUACUCCAUGGCAAAUACGCUUACAGUGUUUAGGCUCACUUCUAGCUAGGGCGCAGAAUUCGAUAGAACACCCGGCUAGGCGUUUGUUAGCGUUAAAGCUCUACAAAGUGAAGUGAGCUAGCCUCUGAGUUAGCUACAUAAUCUCCUCUCCCACUCCAGUGAGCACUUAGCAAGCCCCGCUAGCUCGCAGAGAUUCCAACCGACUGAAGCGAUAUUAACAAAAGCUCUGAAAGGAACACAUCUCUAAUUGUGAAGCGCAGAUAAUUUAACUUUAAACUCCAUCUUUUUACAUUUAAAAGUAGUUGAAGUGGAAGUCUUGUAACUGGCGCCCCGAGAGAAACAUGGCCUCCCAAAACUCGAAAUGUCAUAUUACAUGGCAGGCAAAUCCCAAUGCUAAGCUAACUGGCUAACGUCAACUACCAUUGCUCUACAAUCGUGUGAGUAGAAAGCAAGAGUGUAACUUUUUCUGUCAGUGUUAGAUUCUUACGAUGUUUUCAGGUUCGGUCCUGUGCAGGUUUUUUUGCGUUGUUGGAAGUGAAUUUAUUUGAUUGUAAACCAAGCUGCACACGUCGUUGCAUAGUUUGUUUGUGCCUUUGAGAUAAAAUAUGUUGUGUGAAGUAUGGUUCUUAUAGCUGCUGCACAGAAGUAUUGUGCCAGGGUUACAGUACAUACUUCACAUAGAGGUGUUUUGCGGAAUAGAUCCCACAUGAGUGUCACCACAGACUCUUAAAACGCAUGGUAUACUGUCCUGCAACUCCUGGUAUCAAAUACUAUCAGAGUAAUAUGCAUGAUUAUAUGAUUAGAUGUCACAAAAACAAAUAUAUAAUUAAUAAUUAAGUGACUUAAGUUACGUUCACUAUUACUUAUUGAAUCUACCCCAAAAAAAUCCUUUUUUAACUCCUCCCUCAGUGACUCUGACACCCUCAGUCAGUAGUCUUUACCUGGACUCUACUGUUUAUAUGCAUACUAUUUUUACUAUUUUGUUUUGUAUAUAGUGUACAUACUUGCAUAUUAUCUCUUUAUUUUUACUUAUAUUCAUCUCUUUAUUUUUACUUAUUUUAUCUAUUAUUUACCUCCUCUGUCUACUUCAUUUGCACUGGAGUUACUGUGACAAAAAGCAAUUUCCCCCUGGGGAUUAUUAAAGUAUUUCUGAUUCUGAUUCUGAAAAUUGCGAGAUAAUUAGUAAAUUAUCUCUCUAAAACCUGUGUUACUUAAAGCUGGCUCCCAGAUACUUAUCUUUUAUAGGGCUGCACAAUAAAAAGCUAAUGACCUUUCAUUGCAAUAUGAACAAUUGCAAUAAACACACAGUUAAGUCUUAUUUUAUAGCAGUAAAUUAGUAACUCAUUAAAGUUUACCGCCAGUAGUUUCUCGCUCUGCAUCUACAUGUUACCUUAAAAGUAGACCUUGGUAUCAUGGCAAACCAUGCUGAUGCAUUCAGAUGAAGCCUUUAUUAACCUCAGAUUUAUUAGUGAUUAUUUAUUGACGAUUAGUAAAACAUGAGGGUUUGAAAAUAGAUGAUAGAGACUUUGUGUUUUUAGCUAAUAUGCACUCACUUAUAAAUUUAGCAUACUUUUUCUUCGUUUUACAUCAUUGAACAAAGUCACUGCGCAUCAAAUCCUUUUCAUAAAGUAAAAACCUUGUGUCAGAUUUGCCUAGAGCUAAACCAAGUGUGGUAAAAGUAAGUUUGUUUGAUUUUAGGAAAAAAUGGUUAUAUAUUACUAACAAGCUAAUUGUUUAUUUUUUUUACGUUUUUUUACUUUCAUGGAAAAAAAACACCUCACCUAGGGCUGGGCGAGAAAGCGAAAAUUUACCAAUAUCGAAAUUUACAACUAUAACUGAUGUCAUUUUGCCCAUAUCAAUAUAUUGGGUGUCAAAAAAAUAAAAAGAUAAAAGUUGUUUUUGGAUGUGUGUAGGUGGGCUAUGGUCUCAUGUCCCUUUAAGACGCUGUCCUAUGUCAGAGACGUGACCCAUCCAGAGGGAAAGACAGGUGAAGAGAUGGAGGACGGUUCAAAAGUUGUAGCGGCUGAAGUAGACAAAGUUAAAGUGGGAGAGGGUGAGCAGCUUGUGGAGUAGUUAUCGAGGUGAACUGCUCAAUAUAUCAUGAUAUUGAUUUGAGGCCAUAUCGCCCAGCCCUAACCUCACCACACAUCUAUGGCUUGAUAUCCUGUAUCUCCGCAUUGUACUAAGUGAGUCUGAUAUUCAUACAUGUAAUUAGAGUGGGAGGAAAACUAAAAUUAGUCAGUCUAAGAAUGAAAUGAACCUGUAUGGUGAAGCAUUAAAAGGAGCUCUCAGGGCUACAGAGCCGUAAAAACCUUUUUUAUGUUGGAUAUGGUUGGAUUUGGGAGACAAAAACGGAUGCAAUUUGAAGUCCUUGUAUAUGCUGUUCUCCUUUUUAACGCCUUGAAUGGCUUACAAGUGUUUUAAUUACUUGUUUUCUUCUUCAGUGAAUCAGUUUCUUUUUGCUUUUGUGAGCAAAAUUAACCUUUCAAGACUUGCCGGUAUUUGCUAUUCAGCAGAAUGGUGAGUCUUGUUAUGCGAGACAUGUUGCUGUCCGUGCUCAGCUGUCAGCAUUUUUUUUGUAGCUUUUGGCGUCACCGUCUCUCCAUACAAAUAAGGGCAGACAGUGUUGAGAAGAGAGCUGCAUCACCCCCUUACCCACUCCACUUCACUGCUCACUGUCAUUUUGUGUUUUUUGUUUCCUCUGUUACUCUAGAACUUUGUCCUCAAGAACAUAUCCUAAAUCUGCAGUGAUCUCUUUUUCAUCAUGGCCCCUUUUGUAGAAUAUAUAACAGACCUAUGUACAAUUACUGUGUAAAGCUGUGUUCUCAUAAUGCACAGCAACCAUUUGCUGUGAAUAGCUUGUAAAAGUGUAACCAAAAGAUCAUUUUGUUUAUGUGCAGUGUUUAAAAACAACUUAAACUGUAAUUUUUAUCCCCAAGCGACUGUACCUGGAUCUCCAGUUCUGCUACUUAAGACCAUAGACUGUAUAAUACAGGACCAACGUGAGACCAGCCACUGUUGAGUUAAAUGUUUUGUUACUAUACAGCAGUGUCACUAUACUAGGGCCUGACCAAUAUGGAUUUUUUGGGGCUGAUGCCGAUACCGAUUCUUGGGGGGUUAAAUCUGAUUACCGAUUAAUCGGCCGAUUUUUUAAAUUUUUGUUAAGUUAUAAAAAUGUACUGUAGAUAUACUGUAGGCUACUGCUCUUCACACCGACAGGAAGAACAACUCAUCAGACUAGGACCAGAAAAGCGUUUUCAACUAACCCCCCGCCGCCGCUGCUGAUCGGUGCCUCUGUGUCUUAACUCGCGUUACUCAUUUCCGGUCCGGUCUCAUCUGGAGACAUGCAGCUACCUCAUUUAGAGAAGUAGCUCGUCCACAUAAUGUGUACUGUUGUUUAAUUCUACCGUUACUGCCACGGCUAACAGUGUAGCAAGGCUAAUAGCAGGUGGCUAACUCUAACUUUAGCUCGCAUAUUACAUAGUGCUUCACCGUUAACUUGCAGUGACCGAGACCAGCACAGCGGGGAACAUCGUGAAGUGGGUUGAACUGAAACUUGUUGACUUAUUGUGUAUUUCACAAACUGGUUUAUGUACCGUUGAGGCAGACCACUCUCCUCCGUGCGUCCCUGAGCUGCCUGCUUCAGAUCCGUCACUCUGCUGUGCUGUGAGGUAGUUAGUGGAUGAAGAUUGUCAUGAUGUCGCUGCGCCAUCUACAGGAUAAGUCAGGAAACUUUUCAAAUAGUAGAACAUUUUUGAAGUGUAACCGGAUCUUAUUCUCGGCAAUUUAUUUCAGAAAAUAUCGGCGAAAAUCGGCGAGUUUCUGCCGAUUACCGAUUAGUCUCAAACGGGCUAAAAUUGGCCGACUUAAUCGGCUUGUCGAUAAAUCGGGCCCUACACUAUACCAAUACUUAAUUAUUAGGACAAUAUUUUUAACAAAAUUGAAUGCUUGAUCUAUUUAUACAGAGUUUAGAUUAACCACUUCUGGUGUAACAGAAUCUGAGUGCUGUAGGUAUUUGCAAGACAUUGCAUCAACAAGGCACACACUUCUGUUGAAAAACCCAGCUUUAUGUUUAUAUCUAUGUUUGCAUCUAUGUGUGUCUUUGCAUCGACUCUAUAUGUAUUAGUGUAAUUGAGGAAAGUAUACAGAAGGCCGUGUGUUCCAACAGUCACUUUUGUUAUCUGGUGUCCAAACAUAAGUGUGUUUGUGUUUUUGCAGGUUCUAAGUAAAGGACCAACUCUUGUGGAUCUCACUGUGCAUGAAGCUCUCCGAAGGUCGUGGUGUCUAAUUGCUGCAUCCCCUUGCUCAUCCUGCCUCCCAUCAUGUCCUCCACCUCCUCCUCCUACUCCUCCUCAGGAGAGACUAGUCCGGAGGAUGUACCCCGAGGUGGGGGCACGAUCCGAGUCUACCUCCCAAACAAACAGAGGACAGUGGUAAGAUAUUUAGCUCUCUGCUUCUCUCCAUCAAUGGCACAGCCGCUCUUGUCUAAUGUUUUUGUUAUUCAAUUACAUUCAUCUAAGAGCUUGUACAAGUAUCAGCAUGCUUUAACUAUGUCCAUGUGUGGUAACGGAGUAUAACAGCCUCUGUGAAAGAACUUCAUCUCUCUUGGCUGUGAGCACGAUUACUCACACAAAACUUGACAUCUUUCUCAGCAUAUCAGUCAGUAAGCUCAUCAACAGUUGGUGUGAGUUUUCACAGAUGGUGCCUGCAACCAUCCUCGGUUUAACUUAUUAGUCUCAUUGGGAAUCAACAUGUUGUUUCAUUGUCUUGUCUUUUUAGCACUUUGCUCGGUUAUACGUUGGAUAUAUCACUGUAUUACUAAUGUCUUUCACUCUGAAGCUGCAUGUUAUUUAUUAUGAUUUUCACAAUACAGAAUAACAGUAAACCUCAGGAAGACCUGCAUACACAACCACGUUCUGUGUCUUUAAGUAAAAAAUUGAAUGGAUUUUACUGUAAUACUUGUUAUUGUCACUAGAACCGUCAACAACCAAGAGUUUUAAACCUUUGCUUCAUCAUCACUGUAUCAUUGUUAUAUGUUUAUUAGCUCUAGAGUGGAAAAUUUUACAUGCCAUAGAUGAUCUACAUGGAGAGUGCACCAACCCGCUAUAACAUCAGAACACAUGGGCAAUCUAAUCCAACUCAAUACAACAGCUCUCCCUCAAAUUCUACUUUCAGGAAACUUUUGGAUUUACAGUUUUUGUUGACAUGAUCAUAAAGGUGAUAACUGGUCUUUAUAUUUAUUUUUAUAGACACAGUAGGUGGCCAUGGUGUACUGGAGUGUCCAAUCCAUUAACAAGCAUGAGGGAGGCAAAAUAAAGGGAACACCUGUUAAUAUAAUGCAACCCAGAAGACAACCAACUCCCACUACAGCUUCAAAAAUAAAUUUAAAGAACAGUUUUAAAUGUUUGCCCAUUUAAAAAUGAAAAAGCUUCCUAAAAAAUCUCUGUUUCUGCCUGGUUUAGGUGUUCUUCUCAGCAAAUCAGUGUUGUACAAGUUUGACACCACAAACAAUUAGAUAUUAUGGUUCUGAGAUAAUCCUCAACCAUUAAAAAUCUAGUUUUGCUUAUUCUUUGGUGCUGGUGGGAAUCAAGCGCAGAACUAGUCUUUUUUGUUUUGUGCACCAAGCAAAAUUUUUGCAAACUUUAUUGUACAGGCACACCAUCUCCUCCUACCCUGACCAGCUGAUAGAAGAACAGACUUGAUGACUUGUACAGACAGAUGUCUGCUUAUAUUUUAGAGUUUUUCAUCCUAGUUCUGCUGAGAUAAACAUGACAGUUAAUUCCUAAUGAUUUGUGAGCCAAUUUAUCACCAAUAAGGAGAUAAAGGUAAAACAUUAUUAGUUAUCUAAAGCACUUUUAAUAUCAUAUAAGUUCCUGAAAGUAUGAGGACUUGAUUCAAAAUUCAGAAAAUGCUUCACAAGGCAACAGAUCAUGAGUGUAAAAUCAUGAACAUUUUUAAAGGGAUGAACAGGCUUGGUGCAGAAAACCAUCCCCAGAUAUCACGACACUGUCUUUUUGCCCCUUAUAUUAAAAGAGAUGUUGCAUAAGUUUAAAAUGUCGCAGUGUAAACAAUUUGCUCAUCAAAUUAAUUCACCACUAGCAGUGUACUGCGUUACAUAACAGGCUUUACAGAAACUAUAUUGUAUUGCUUUUUUUGUGGAAAUAAUCAGCCUGUACAGUCUCCUCUUCCAGCGCAUUAGAGGAAGAGUUACUCCAGGUUAUUCCUACUGAAAAUGAAGAAUUGAACUAGUUAAAUUUAAUCAAUCAAACCCACAUGAGAUCAAGUUCUUUGAAAAAUUCCUAUGAAGUUUUUCUUAUAUUAAUCAUCAAACAAAAACCUGGAUGUAGAAGGUUGGAGCUUUGUUAUGGUAAGUAAAAAUGAGACUUAUUUUGUGAAAAUGAUCUCUGCUCUGGACCAAAGUUCUGUCACAACACGGAUAAUCAGCAGUGUCAACAAAACUCAAUGUCAGCUGUCACUUGUACUUAUCAGUACCUACAGUAUGCUUUGUUGUUAGAGGUAUGCACCAGGCCACUGACUGUCAAUUCAAGGAAACACUUGUUUGACCACAGUUUCUAUUUUCAGGUGAAUGUUCGCCAAGGACAGACUGUGCACGAGAGUUUAGAUAAAGCCCUUAAAGUAAGAGGCCUAAGCCAGGAGUGCUGCGCUGUGUUCCGCCUUUUGGAAGGGUAAGAAUAACUUUUACCAUUUUGUUAAAAUUAGAUUUGAUCUGGGCCACCAAUCCCAUAGGAGUCAUAAACGAAGAAAAUUCACUCUCUUCUUCUGCAUGUCAUUUUUACAACAUGUCUUGAAGCUGAAAGUGAACACUGUGGGUCUGUCAAUGGUCCACAAACAUACAGCACUGGAACAAGAGGACAUUAAGAAAACCCUUAAAAUCCUUCACACUUAUUGAGGGUUUUCCAGGGUAUCUGUUACAACAGCAUCAUUUACCUUUUAGAGUCAUGUGACACAGUGUAGAAUCUUUCUAAUCUACAUUUAGAAAUGAAGACACUUGACUUCGGAUUUAAAAAUAGAAAUGUCUUUUACUGAAUGAAAACCCCACAUAUUACCUCAUUCAGUACAUAACGUAACAGAUUUUUCUGCUGAAAUUCCUGUUAAACUUCCUGUUUACAUCAAGGUGCAUUCUGGGUAAUGAAGUCCCUUUAAUCAACUUAAAGCUUUGGCUCUGAAAUAAUGCUUUUACUCCUCUAACCAAUAAUGAAACAUGAAAUGAAUAAUGUUCAAAUGAAACGCUUUUGCUUUUUACCUUCCAUUCAAAUAAACUGUUCCUCGAUGAAUUAUGAACUUAAUAGCUUAUUUAAUUUUUGAAUUCUCUAUCAGUUAGAGUUACAACACACAGACCCAGUGUCCUGUCAGGUAUAUUUUGAAUUAAUGGGCUGCAUUUAAGUAAUAUCAGACAGAUUUUUUGCAGUUGAUUAAAGAUGGUUAACAAGAAGGUGUUAACAGCGUGACCUGACCAACAUCACAUAUCAUGGAUGUGACUGUUGUAGGUAUCACAAUCAGGAGGGUCAAAGACUGUAUGUCAUUUCCCAUUUUCCACCUUAUGUCAAAGUGUAUAGAAAGCAAACAUGGAUGCUGAAUGACGAGACAAAUUCAAAUAAGUCCAUUUAUGAUUGAUCAAAUCUGACUACUGGGUCUUUCAAGUUUUUUGUAGUGAUUUAUAAUUACAGUCCCCGUUAAGUUUGCAUUCAUGGUUCUCUGACUUUUUCAAGUUUGCAAGCGAUUAUCAAGCCAGUGUUUCCUCUCUACUUCAGACGCUAGUAGGUAAUCGUGUUCUGUGUACUUAUGUGCUAAUUCAGUGGCCCUAAAGCCAGCCAGCAUUCAGCCAUAACACUACAAACAGUAAGGACAUGCUAACACUAGCUGCUAUGGGUACUGUGGCAUUUACCCACCACCUACCUUGGUAUAAUGUGCACAAUGAAAAGAUCUAGCUUAACAGUAAAGCAUAUUUUCCUCAUGAAAAGUCCUUAGUUACAUAUCAUUGUAAUUUCAGGAUACCUUAAAAUAAUUUAAAAGAAACCAAAAGUUUUGAAAUGUAGGUUUCUUUUUAAACUUUAAUAUGUUAAGUAUUCCUUCAUUAAAAUGUUCCUUUUCUCUUCUUCCUGCUUCUCCAGGCGUAAAAGACUGACAGACUGGGACACGGACAUUACCCCUCUGGUUGGAGAGGAGCUUUUAGUCGAGGUCCUAGAUGAUAUCCCCCUCACCAUGCACAACUUUGUAAGUAGCAACAAUGAAAACCCCGGAUGAGAAUUAAAAAGUGCAAGUGUAGAAGUGAGUAUUUUGUCAUCUCUCUGUCUGCGUAGGUACGGAAAACCUUCUUCAAACUUGCCUACUGUGAUUUUUGCCACAAGUUUCUUUUUAAUGGAUUUCGGUGUCAGACAUGCGGCUACAAAUUUCACCAGCACUGCAGCAGUAAGGUCCCUACUGUGUGUGUGGACAUGGAUACAGUGAGCAAACGGUGAGAAGCCGAGAAGAAGUGGUCUGAGAAGACAGUGAAUAAAUCAACUAACCUUCUUACUCUUUUUUUAAUGAUAAUGGAGGAUACCAAUUAUUCUGUUAGUCUUCUUGUACAUAACUUUAGCUUCCCUCUGUCUUAAAACUCAUUUCCCUUUGCCCUCAUUCCAUCCCCAUUCUUCUUUGUUGUUUUUUAAGGUGUGAUUCCACUGCUUGCACAGAUGAGUACCCACGGAUACUACUGCCAGAUAAUUCCCCAUCACAGAGCAACCUAGCCUUAACCCCUGAGCCUUCUGGGUAAUCUACCAUAGUGAAGAGAAAUCUAUAUUUUAAAGGGACUGUAUGUUAUCAGUGAUAUGAAACUACAACUCUCAAUGUCACACAACUUCAUUCAUGCAUUUUUCUUAGGAUGGACCUCCUGUCCCCGACCUCAGCCUUCCGCUUCCCCAUGCCGGCUGGAGACGGACAGUCUUUACAAAGGCAUCGCUCCACCUCCACUCCCAAUGUUCAUAUGGUUAGCACAGUGGGCCCCGCCGGUGUCAGCAUCAUAGAGGUCAGUGUUGCCUCAGUGACCGUGUUUUGAUUGUUCAGUUUAUCUACUGUUCAUGAUCAUGUUCAGCUUUUCACUACUGAGAUAGUAACUUUGAUCCUUCGUUAGUUACAUCCACAAGUUUAAACGUGUUGUAUUAUUUCCUUUUUGUUCUCAUGUAUGCAGAGUUUGGAUAUGUCUGUCUUAGGCCCAAUCCCAAACCGACCCCUACACACUCGGCCUUCACUACCGAGCGUCACUCGUAAUCAAGUCACACUCGCAGCUGUGGAGUGCGCCUCAAAUUAAGUGGGCGGGUAUAAACAAGGCAGGCCGGUAUGGAACGCCCUCGUCACUCCACCGAGAAACAACAGAAAGAUUCAUCGCCAUAGUAACACAAAGACGCGUCCUGUGCAAGGCAGCGUUUCUUUUCUUAGUAAACAGACAUCAUGUACAGUUCUGAGCCGCACCAGCUGCCUCAUUUCUUCAUCCUCCCAGUGAAAUCAUAAAUCCAUUAACCAUCACAGUGACAGGAACUAAAUUAUACUUCUGAUUGUUAGUGAUUCCACACAUCUUUGAACCCCUUUAAAAUUUGACGUGCCUGCACAAUCAAAUCAAACCCCAGCACAGAGUAAGAUUUCCAACUUCUGCUUGAUCUUCCCAAACCACAUAUUUUGUGAUUUCUUUUGUCAGGAAGACAAAGGUGGACACAUACGGAACUUAUAUUUGUUUAUUAUUUCCUUCUACUCCAUUUUUGCCGGCACACUACCUGCAAAUCCUGUUAUGAGUCUGCAUCGGUGCAGACUCAGUAUUAAAGGGCUGAACGGUCCACUCGCCCUUCUCACUCUGUGGUUUGGGACGGCCUUCAAUAUGGCGGAGCUUUCGCUGGGACGUGCAGACGGAGGGGGAGUGUAUAGGGCGAGUGUUUAGGGGGCAGUUUGGGAUCGGGCCAUAGUCAUGAAAAAACCAUGAACAACCCACUUUUACCCAAACGUACAUGAAGGGUCUGUGUGUUUUGUUUUGUUUUUUACAGGAAGCACUAAAAUUCAACAACACAAUGGGUGAGUUUAUUUAAAGUUUUAAUAAAUUUCAGUUUCAGAUUUGGUAUUCAUUCAAAAUAUUUCUCGUAGUAUUGUCAUCUGUUAAGUUUUUUCAAGUUAUCCUUUGUCCUGCCUCUGUGUUGCUGCAGGCCCUGAGCCCUCACCGAAACCUUCCACCAGCCCACCAUCGUCUCUGGGCUCUCCAGGGAGGAGACCCCCCAAGUCACCAUCAGAGCACAAGGAGCGCAAGCCCUCCUCAUCAGAUGAUAAAAAGAAAGUGGUACGAGGCGUUUGACUCCUAAACUGAUAAACAGGCAGCAAAACAAAUUCUUGAAUACUCCGUUUGUUGUGGUUUUUUUUGUAGCUUAAAACAUUAACGUUGUGUUUCAGCACCGAGGGGGCUACAGAGACUCAAGUUACUACUGGGAGGUCCACUCAAGAGAGGUCAGCAUUCAGAAGAGGAUAGGGGCCGGCUCUUUCGGGACCGUCUUUAAGGGCAAGUGGCAUGGAGAUGUGGCAAUCAAGAUCCUUAAAGUCACAGAGCCGACGCCUGAGCAGUUACAGGCCUUCAAAAAUGAAAUGCAGGUCCUACGGUAAGAAAUGACUUUUUUUCACAACCCCAUGAGUCUAUAACUGGGAGAGAAAAAAAGUCAAACUCGACGUCUUUUCCACCAUGAAAAUAUUUCUCAUGUAUCUAUUACAAUCAGUGAAUGAUAAUGUUAUCUCUUUGGAUACCGCUGACCACUGCCUCUCCAUUUGCCAGACAUUAAGGUUCUUCUGUCAUACGAAAAAUGAAAGGGGAAAAAAAACAUAUUUUUUGCUCUAAGGCAUCCAAUCUAACAAUUGUACAGGGAUUAACUGACAAUUUAUUAGAGUAGAAAAAGAUUUCAGUCAAAAGACUCAUUUCUAAUCCCUGUAUUGCUCAGAUUUUUCAUUCCUGAUCUUGAAAGAGCAAAUGUGAUAUCUCGACUAUAACGGCCGUCUAUUUUCUCCGCAGAAAGACCCGCCACGUCAACAUCCUGCUGUUCAUGGGCUACAUGACUAAGCCCAACUUUGCCAUCAUCACGCAGUGGUGUGAAGGCAGCAGCCUGUACCGCCAUCUGCACGUCACGGAAACCAAGUUUGACACUAUGCGUCGCAUCGAUGUGGCCAGACAGACGGCACAGGGCAUGGAGUAAGACUCGAGGCUUAAUUUAACUUUGUUUUCUACAUCUGAAACCCCCUCACAAAUCACUACAUGUCAAGUGUGCAUUUUUCCUGAGUAAUUCCAACACAACGGCUUUUUUGCACUUGAUAGAAAUGGGUGUUGAAAAAUUAUUUUACUUACGAUAACAUCAACAUGUAAUAAACUAGUCUGUUUUUGAACAGUUAAACCCUGAAUGCCACAGUAGAAAUAAAGAGCAUGGCUAUUCCGGAGGUAGAACCUUUGAUCAAAAUGCACAGUUUGGACCUCGUUUUAACAAAUACCUUUAGCAAAAAACACUUUUAAAAACUGUUAAGUUAUUGUUUUUUAAUGUUUAACUUGAAACCAAAUGUGUGUCUGAUUUAGUGUGUUUAAAAAUGACAUGUAAAACAAAGAACAAAUCCAAAAGUUUUAAAGGCUUUUUCUCUUCAAAUCAAAGAAUCUGGGAUUCUCAAUUCAUGAAUUUAAUUCUUGGUAUCCCUCUUUUGUUCCCUUAAACAUAACAAUCUCACAGCAAAGAAAAAAUAAAAGCCUCAUAACAUUUUUAUUUCAUUAUUAUUAUUAUUAUUUUUUACCAGGGCUUAGGUUAUGAUGAACGAUUAACUGUGAUUAUGGCAAACAUCAAAAUGUUCCAGAGACUGAAAACAAAAAUCCCCAGUUCCUUUUUAUCCUCCGUCCAGUUCUCUCAUAAAGGCACAAAAAAGCCCUAAAAUAAAAAGUAAAACAUUGCAGUACGUGACACUUGAUUAGUCCAAAGAGUAUUUUCUUUUUUAUAGAUAUACAGUGGAAAUUCUGUGAUUAGUUUGCAGAAACGUAUAGAUAUUAAUAACCAACUCACUUUAAAAGUCAUUUCCAGUUCAGACCACAGACGACAGCUGUAAGUAUCCAUCAUGGUGACUAUGGUGAGAUCCAGGGCUGGCACUCUGGGCUGUCUGUGGUCAAGUGUCACAAGUUAUGAAAGAAGUAGUGGCCCUGUUUCUGGAUGCUCUAACAGAACAGUUCAGGUGGAAGUCUUGCAAAAUGUUUUCUGUGAACACCAUAAAACUAUUUAUAAGUUUAUACUGGCACUGUCUAAUAACCUCCGUUGUUUCUGUCUUUUUCAGUUAUCUCCAUGCAAAGAACAUAAUACACCGAGAUCUGAAAUCGAACAGUAUCCUUUGUUUGUUUUGUUGUACCUUUUGUUGAAAUGCUUUCACAUGACUUACAACCACAAUGACUUUUGUGUCACAGUCAGUGUUCUGUGGUGAGCUAAAGCUUAACCACUUGAGUCUUUUAAUAGGCUGAUAUUUAUGAAACGAUCAACAUGCAGGUACAGAAACAUGUUCAGUGUUUUCUGUGCUCUUUGGCAUGUUGGUUUUGAAAUCAAGCUCUCACAUUAAGUCCUGCAGAUCAUGUUGCAUUUAUAGGAAGUCGCCAAAUUUGAGAAAUUGCAGCCAUGACAUUUUUCACAUCUAAACAAUUGAGUGUUGACUUGGUGUGUAAAAUACUGUAUUUCUCUUCAAACAUAUCUCAUUUCCUUGUAGUGUUUGUUGUGAUGACUUUGUACACCAGUCCUCUGUAAAUAUGUCCUGAGCUCUGCUGCUAGAUAUCUUUCUACACGAGGGCUGGACUGUUAAGAUCGGGGACUUCGGUUUGGCCACAGUCAAGUCUCGGUGGAGCGGCUCUCAGCAGGUAGAACAACCCAGUGGAUCCAUUCUGUGGAUGGUAAGUCUCUCCUUGCCUGAUUUGUCCAUUGAAAAAGAGAUGUAACUUAAAUGAGCGUGAUUUAUUAAUUGAAAUGAUAUAAAAUGAAUACGAAGGAAAUGUAAGGCUGUUUAUCACACUUUGUACACAAAAUGACUCAGGAGAUUUAAGGCCUGCAUCAAGUAAUUGCAGGUUUUGAACUAGCUGGACCCACAACCUCAACUUCGGAGGGCCUCUUAGCAAACCGUACUGUUGCUAGGUUACAGAAGUUGUCCUGCAGCACUUCUGCUUUCCGAAGAAGUGGUUGGUACAUCAAAUCUGAAUGUAAAAUUUGUUUUUAAUUACUCCUGCUGCAUUAUUUAUCCUUUAUUGAUAGAAAUUUUAUUCCAGCAUUUGCAACUUGAGUUCCAACUCUUCUCAAUAUUUCUUUUGUCGUUGAAGAAAUGAGGCGACAAGCUUGGCAAUGUUUCCAUAGUUUUUGUCUUAACCUGGGAUUGCACUGCGACAAGAACAUUUCAAUACACCGCUUAACAAAUGUUUUGUUGUUUUUAACAUUUCCGUUCUCAAAGGCACCAGAGGUGAUCCGAAUGCAAGACACCAACCCCUACACGUUCCAGUCUGACGUGUACGGCUAUGGAGUUGUGCUUUUUGAGCUGAUGUCAGGGACCCUGCCUUACUCCAAUAUCAACAACAGAGACCAGGUUAGUCAUAUAGGUGUACCCAUUUUUGUAAUACUAGUAUAUUACAGUGCUGCCUUGUGUUAAAAUACAACUCAUUGUGCGUAAGAAAGCAGUAAACAGUAUGCAGGUGCCCAGUGUUUGCGUGUGUGUUUACAAAAUAUUCCUCAUGAAAAAUAGAAAGCUGGUCAGUUUUUCCAACUCUACUGAAAAGGCCUGGCGUCUUUGCCCCCAAGAUCACCUGAGAAAAGUGUUUAUAUAUAAAAAAAGAAGUAGAGCUCUUCUACUAAAUAUCAAGAAUGGUCACUGAGUCCAGCUUCAAUUAAAUCUAUAUCCAACCCUUGUGGCAUGUAACGGCUUUUCCCAAUCUGUAAAGCUCUAACUUACUCAUUAACACUUUCCACCUUUCUUUCCUGUUUCAGAUAAUCUUCAUGGUUGGACGUGGUUACUUGUCUCCAGACCUCAGUAAGCUGUAUAGUACCUCACCCAAGUCGAUGAAAAGGCUCAUCGUUGACUGUCUAAAGUUCAAACGUGAUGAGAGGCCGCUGUUUCCACAGGUAAGUAGUUUAGAGUUAACACAUUUGAAACAGUCUGGGGGGAUACUUAGCUCGAGCUCUACUGGUAACACAAAACUUCAUCAAAAUCUAAUAUAGAUCCAAUUUUAAAAAGUAUUCAGAUUUCUUUGAUAUUUUCCACAUUGUGUAAGUUUUUAAGGUUACUUCUCUACCUACUGCAUGAACACUUUUUACCCCCCAAAACGAGUCAAAACACAAAACACACCAAGAACAGGACUGCAGCCUUGACACUUGUAUCUUUGAAAAGGUUUCCUCAAUUUCUGUCGGUGAUUUGUUCUUUAUUAAUCCAUAAAAAAGACAGAUGCUUUGGGUUAUGCUAGAGAUUUCAUAACAUGUUUGUGAUUGUGUCAGUAUGUUCAUUACAAAUGUUUGUAGUCGUCUAAUAAAAAGGUAGUGUUUCUCAACGAUAACCAUGUCUUGACUGAAUCUUCAUCACUUGUAAAUCUGCUGUUCAUUGAAAUGCUGACAGUUUACCUGCUUUCCUCUGUUCUCUCAUUAGAUCCUGGUAGCCAUCGAGCAGGUUCAAGAUCUGCUGCCAAAAAUCGAGCGGAGUCGCUCCGAGCCGUCGCUCCAUCGGGCCGUCCAUGCUGAAGACCUGAACCCUCUCCUGUUCCACACCACCAGGCUGAUGCCUCUCUAAGCCCAGAGAGGCCCUCACCCUGUCCACAACCACAGCAUUCCAGUGCCUCAGAGAGGCUACAGGCUCCCUGUCCUGACAGACCACCAACCCCCCCACACUUAACCCUCUUCUCCUGCGAAGCCCCCGGAGAUGCAGCUCUCAACGUCAAAUGUUGUAUCUUCAGAAAUAAUGUCUUUUCUGUGAAACCAGUAACAAAGAUCUGCUGAAAGGUAAACAGUGUCUACUGGUACUUGAAGCAAGGUGAAACGUGUCCAACGAGAAAAGUCAGUGAACUGGUCAGCAUGCACCAGAUAAUCUAACCUAGUUUUGAACAUCUUACCCAGCAUGGUCUGGGAAAAAAAGAUCUGAAAAUCCACAUGAAGAAAUCUAUGGACACAGCUGUCUGAUGGAUAGAAAGGAACUUUUUUUACUUCGAUAUUCUCUGUUGAGUCUUAAAACUGUUUUGAUUAAGAACCAAAUACUACAAACUUGGCAAACCUGUUAAAGUACCUACCACUAAAACAGAGUCAGGCCUCCUCCUGAAAAUAUCAAACAUGAAAAUUAAGAAGAUUUAUUUUGUUGCUCUGGGAUUCUUUCCAGUCCUACAAAGAAGAGCAAUAAGGGGACACCAAAAAAACUUUUUAGACUUAGUAGUUAGACUAAAGGCCAAACAGCCGCUCAUAUUGUCUCAGCCUGUUCAGGGUGUUAGUCAAACACCUGAACUGUUUUUGUUUUUAUUACAUUUCCAAAUCACUCUAAUAAUUGUGAAACUUUAUUUUCAGGAAUUAAAAAGCAACAGGGUACUAUCAUUUUCUGUUUUUGUCAAUACAGAUUCCACUCGUGUGACAUUGGAAGUACUUUAACUGAUUCCUAGUUCAUAAUGUUCAUAUUUUUAAUGUCACUCUCUAGCGCUUGGACUAUCAGCAGCUGGGGGAGCGGGAGGGGGGUGUUCAGGUGGUGGUUGGUGGUCUGUUAACUGGCCUUGCUUCUCUGUAUAUUGUUUGUGAUAUGCACAAAGCAUAACAGAUCUUACUGUCUGCAUCAGUCGUCAGAGAUUGUCGCAGAUCAGAUGUUUUAAAUCUUGAUAAUUUAUGUUGUAAAAAAUAGGGGCUGGGUACCCUUGCACUGUUCUUACUCAUUCCAGUGAGAUUGGCGGAUCGUGGUAAGGGGUGUCGGUGACAAGUGGGGGGUGGUAGGAUGGAGAUUUUUUUUCUUUGUCGCUUUUAUUUAUUGAAGUCUGCAGAUAUUCUGUUCUGCAACUGCAGCUCUUAAGAGAUAGAUAUAAUGUUUACAGAGUGAACGCUCUGUGCAACAUUCACAUCACGGCUCUAUAACAAGAAUGUUCCUAAAGGCAUGGUACUGUCCGCUCUUUUGAACGACUGUCAGUCUGAGACUGUCUCCUGUUGGGGCAUUUUUCACAUCUUUUCCUGUAAACAUCCUGAGCACAAACCAGAGGGGUGUACCACAAAGGGAGAUCUAGGUCUGUUGAGCCUAAACCCAGAGCUAAAUCACCACGAAAACCAACUGAACCUAAAUUGAUCAGGAUCCAGUUAUGGUCAGAUGUGAAGUUCUGUCAUUACUUUACAUUGUCUGUUUGACACAACGGAAACAAAAUGAUUGACUUGUCUAUCAAUAGUUAUUACAGAUUAUCUGAAUGAAUAGCCACACCGAAUCAGACAUCUAUUCUGUCUGUCUUUCUUUUUUUCUUCUUUUUUUUUGCAGUUUUUUACAAAGUGGAGGUAUUCAGAGUAAUUGUAGUUUCCACCAGUACUGCUAGAAUUGUGUAUUGUAAAAGAUAAUGACUAUUACAUGACUAUGUAUUUAAAAAGUAACUUAUUUUCUGCAACAACAACAAAAAAAAUCCUACCGUAGUCACAGCAGCAGGAGUGCAGGAACGUUGAAUUCAUUUUUAUUUUAUCAGUUUAGCUGAGGCAGCUCCUUGUCGUCUAGUCAGCUCAGUCAAAGAAAGUCUAUGUAUGUCGAGUUCACUUUGUGGUAUACCCCCCACCAGAUAUCAGACAACUGUUUAUUGGGUUCCACUACAAUUGCAUUUAUCAAUGAAAACACUUCAGAAUACUGUAAAAAGGAUUAAUUAUACGGUGGGCACUUUGUAAACUCGAGUGUUUCAUGUGAUUUGUAAGAAACGAGACCAUGUUUUCUAAACGAGCUGCUUUUUGUAACUUCCAGCAAUAGCAAAGGACAGAGUGUCUCCUCUGAAUUUCCACAGUGCAAGAUCAGGAGUGUGUUAUAAUAAUGUUGCACCAGCUUUCCUGUGAAUCAGUGUAAUAAGUGCAUCACCACUCGCUGCAGUGGAGGACUCUGGAGGACACUGAAUCAGUUUGGCUCAGUUUUGUGUUAGCGUAUUGUCUCUUUUAAAAAAAAAAAAGGACUGUGUUUCUAUGGUGAUUAACAGAGGAGGAAACAAGUGCCACAGUUACUGAAAAUCCCUGUUAAAAUAGACCUGAAAGUCACCAUACAGGACAAUGUGCUGCCUGCACCAGAAGAGGAAAAUGGGACUUUAACAUGACUGUUUGGUUCAGAAGAGAAGAGAACUGUAUCAGUGUAGUCUUUCUUUUUUUUGUCUUUCAUAUCUCUAGGUGACUUGCAAUACUUGUGUUUAUAGUUUCUAAGGUGUCAGGGGGUGUUCAGUUUGCAAUAAAUGGUAUAUUCUGCUGUGUACAGUUACAUUUUUUUUAAUUACAAAAAAAUUGUACUUGUUUCUAUUUUUUGUGUGAUGGUUUCAAAAAGAACAAAAUUAUUUUAAAGUGUAAAGGAAAUCUUAGUAUUUUUUUAGUUUCUUUUUGUCUUAAAAUAUUGAUGCAGGAUUUAUUCUUUAAAUAAAUAAAUUCAUAUGUGUUAUUUGCGG